GGGAGCCCUGUGGAUGGAGGGAUGGAGGCUGUCCUUCUCAGUCUCCAUCUCUCCGAAUUUUCUGUGUCUCAGUUUUGGGACCUGGAGCAUCGAAGCCAGUUACCGAAGUGCAGCCAAGCAGAAGUUCAAGGCAGCCUUUGAUGUCAGGGAUUAUGUGCUCCCAUCAUUUGAGGUCCAGCUGAAGCCAAACAAGACUUUCUUCUACCUCAACGAUGAGGCUCUGGGUGUGGACAUCGAGGCUUGGCUGCCUGAUGAGGUUUUAUGGGCUACCUCCACCAUCUUGUGAGGUUGCACAAGCUACAUCUGCAACCCAACACGAAGCUUGAUGAGACACAUUUAUCACUUCCCAGCAUUGUGUAGGUGAGCAAUGAAACCAUCUAAGUUUCCAGGGGUCACUCUGCCCCUCCCAAAGAUUUACCACCAUCCCUGCAGCCUCAUGAGGUCAUACAGGACAUCUCUGCAACCACAUGAAGUUGUGUGGGUGCUUCAGAGCCAACGGAAUGACCUUCCACUCACCCCCAGGUAUGUAUUCAAAGAGCCAGUGGAUGGACAUGCUCUGGCCAUCUUCAGGGUGAAGUUGCAUUCCCACCGGAUGCCCAUCCAGAGCUCCCUGCAGAGAGUGGAGGUGACUGAGUCUUGACCUCUCUCCCCCACCAACUUCCCUCUCCAUCAACCCUCCUCUACUCCCCAAGAAACUAUCUCCUCUUCUCUCUCUCACCCUGAGACCAGAUCUCUGAAGGUCUGGGCCACAUCUCCCUCCAGAAGGACACACUGAUGUCCACAUUCCAAGGCCCAGAAGAGGACUUCAUUGGGGCCUCAAUCUUUGUCAACGUCACCGUGUUCUCUUCAGGGGGUGAGAUGGUCCAGGCUAAGACCUCCGGGGUGAAGAUCAUCCAGAGCCCAUACAGCAUCAAGUUCAUCAGGACACCCCAGUAUUUCAAGCCUGGGAUGCCCUUCUACGUUAAGGUCUUUGUCUCAAAUCCUGAUGGGUCCCCAGCCUCUAGAGUCCUUGUCCGAUGCCAAGACAAACAAGACUGCACCUCAGCCAAUGGAGGGGCCAUUUUGACCAUCAACACAAAUGCAAAUAAUUGGGAGAAGCUCCCUAUCUUGGUAGAAACUGAUGAGCCUCUCCGGCCGGAAGAGCAGGUUUCAGCCAAUAUGAUGGCUUGGCCUUACUCGACUCAGGGUGGGUCAGGGAACAUCUUGCACAUUGAGGUGAAGACAGUCGCAGAGGUUGGCAGCAGCAUCUACCUGAGCCUUGUCACAGAACAUCAGAAUUCUGAAACCAAGAAACAGAUCACUCACUUCACCAUCUUGGUCCUGAGUAAGGACCGGAUUGUGCAUGCCAAACAUCAAUCAAAAAGUGACCUCACGGUAACCACUAUUGAUGUGACUUCAGAGAUGCUGCCCUCCUUCCGCAUCCUGGCCUUUUAUUUACUGCCUAGGGGAACAGAUCAGGAUCCUAAACUGGUGGCCGACUCUGUAUGGGUUGAUGUGAAUGACAGAUGCAUGGGGACGCUGAAGGUUGGUUUGAAGAAAGAAAGAUGCUUCCAGACUUUGAAGCCUAACAGCCACAUGGAAGUGAAGGUGACAGGUGAUAAAGAGGCCACAGUGGGGUUGGUGGCCGUGGACAAGGCUGUCUAUGUCUUGAACAGCAAACACAAGCUCACACAGAAGAAGGUCUGGGAUGUGGUGGAAGAAUAUGACAUUGACUGCACAGCAGGCAGUGGGAAAGACGGACUUGCUGUAUUCAAGCAUGCUGGAUUGGACCUGAAGAUGAGCAUGGGGAUGCACACCCCAGCAAGCUCAGACUGACAGUGCCCUCAGAGCCCCCCUGCCAGCCGUCACCGCCGCUCCCUGAAAUGGCUGGAGACCAAGAGGAAUGCAGGUCAGAGCUAAAGCUGGACAUGUCCCUCCUGGCUCCCUAAACUACUGUAUUCAUCAGAGCUUAGAAGAGAAAACUGAAACCACUCUAGGUACUUCAAGCAGAAAGGGAGGUAUUUGGUGAUGGGAGUCUGGUGCUUUCAAAAUCAUUAGACGGUCUGUA